AUACCGUGAAAGUGCAAUUGGGAUUAACAAUGAAGGUGUAAAAGAGAAUGCGGAUUCUGAUUCAGUAUACAUUCCAUUCGUGAACGAGGUGGUGGUUUUUCCAGUUUAGAAAUGCAAAGAUUCACAAACGAAAUGACGAAGAAUUCUUGUAUAGAAAAAGACAUAAUAAUCAAUCCACCCACCCUCUCUCACACACACACACACACACACACUAAAUUGGAUAUAUAUAUAUAUAUAUAUAUAUCUUGUUUCCAAAGUAACGAACGAGUUAGGUAACUGUGCAAUGGCUAAAGAAGAAAUACAAGCAGAGUCAAACGAAUAUCACGGAAUUCCACGUUCAGUUUCAGUCUGAACGCGGUCUCCGGGCCGGCAAGAACCCCCCAUAAGCUUUUCUUUACUUUUAAUCAUCGUCAUCGUAAUCGUCAUUCUAUUUUUUCUUUGUUUUUUUCUUUUUUUAAAUAUUAAUCUACGAUGUCGAUCGUUAAAUCGUACAAACAAAAUUAAUCAAUUCAUUUCGUUUGAAAUUUAUAUUAUCCCAAUAACCAACCCACCCCCCACCCCACCCACACUCCACCGUAUUUUGAAUUGUGUUUUAUCGUGAAAGAGAGAUAUGAACAAUAUUAUAUGAAAUAUAAAUUUACUUACAACAGAGAUCACAAAUAUUUUUUAUUCCUUCGCACACACACGUGGAUCGAUUAUAGGAUACGAUGAAAAAUCUAUUGAAGAUUAUUAUUUUGUGCAUCACAAUAAUAAAUAUUAAAGCAGUGAUAAUGCCACCACCUUGGGCAGAUCCACUUAACAAUCCCUGUGCCCUACAACCACGUGGAUGGCAAUUAUUAUACUGGCCACCCGAUGGGAAAUGUUAUAAAAUAUUUCAAAUUGGAGCACCCUGUCCCGAGACAAUGGAAUUGGGUCCAGCUGCAGGAGGUGCUGGAACGAUAGCAGAAUGCAGAUGUCCACCAGGGACAGCACAAUCUCCAAGAGAUGCACUUUGUUAUCCAAUAUUUACAAGAUCUUCUUGCCCAAGAGGACAAUACUUUGCACCAGUUCCAGAAAUUCAUGCUAAAACUAGUCUCAAUUCUAAACGACGUUGGGGUAUCUGUCGAGAACCAGAAAGUUGUUCGAAAAUUGGGGACGUUUAUUGGCCAAGAGAUAACAAGUGUUACUCUAAACUUACCAAAGGACCCUGUCCACGAGGUGAACUUUUAAUUUUAGGAGAAGACGGAUUAGCUAAGUGUUCCUGUUCGAUGACAGGUGAAUUAGGAAGAUAUUAUUGGCUUGGAAGUGUUGGUGGGUGUCAUGAACAUUACACGAAAGGUCCAUGCACUGAACCAGGGGAAUUAUUUCUACCUGGUGGUGUAUGUGGUUGUCAUCCUAAAUUACCGCACUACCACGAAUCAACUGGAAUGUGUUAUCAAUUAGGAAGUAUUGGACCAUGUCCAAAGGGUCAUCAGUUUGUUGUUGAUGCAACGGACACCAAUCAUCAAGAGGAAAAUGUGAUACGUGCGAAAUGUAAAUGUAAAAUCAAUCAUGUACUCUAUCAGGAUGGAUUAUGUUACAGACUUUAUACGAAAGGCCCUUGUGAAAAUGGUUACAUGAUAACUAACACAUCUAAUUGUGUAGAAAUACCUUGCAGAAGAAGAAGAUUAUAUUUUCCCGAAGAAAAUACGUGUUAUAAGAUCGGUACUAAAGGACCAUGUCCAAAUGGACAAGUUGUAUCCUAUGAUUACAACGUACGACCGUCCAUCGAUGGAAUAAGUUACAAUGGAUUGUGUGGUUGUACCAAUGAUUUAAAAAAUACUGACAAGUGUAUGGAAAACGAUAACGAUAGUAAUAGUUGUGAAAAUAUACCGGGGAUGGUAUUAAUGGAUAAAAAAUGUUACAAAUUGUACACUCAAGGACCAUGUACGGCAGGGGAAUGGUUGGUGGCAAGGAGAAUUCCGAAAAACGAGUUGUGGGUUAAUGAGGAGUCACAGCCAAAAGCCAUUUGCGAAUGCCGUCCGGGUUAUAAAAGAGUUACGGAUGGUUUAGAUGCGAGUGAAAUGGAAAGUAGCAAUGUGGUGUCAUCAGGUGAAUGUCAACCGCCAACUGUGACGUUAGCUAGACUUUUGAAUAGUAACAUCAAAAUGAUCAAUCCUUGAAUAUUCGAAAUAUUAAUUAUAACGUGAAACAAAUCUCAGGCUCAAACUGUAUAAAAAAAAAAAACAAAAGAAGAAACGUGGUUUAACAAUAUUUAAUAAUGUAAAUAGUAAUAUCUGUGCAAUUUCUAAUAGGCUAUUUAAUAUUUUUUAAGUUCUUGUAUAGUUUU